CAACUUUAAACUUCACCAAUCUUCAUUUUUCCCAUCUCUUUUCUCCCUCUUUAUACUUUCUCUCUCUUUCCUGGUGUUCGUUGCAAGCUCGGAAGAACAUUAAAAAUGGCGGCGGUAUGGCGAGCAAAAGUACCCCCAAAUUCAGCGACUCUGGAAGAAGCACGUAAGAGAAUGUUCGAUUUCUUCAAAACAGCUUGCAGAUCACUUCCUGCUGUAAUGGAUAUCUACAAUCUUCACGAUAUCGCCACCAUUUCUCAACUUCGCUCCUCAAUCGCCGCUCAGAUCCGAAAGAAUGCUGAUGUGCGUGAUCCUAAGGUGAUUGACAUGUUAAUCUUUAAAGGAACAGAGGAAUUGGAAAACAUCGUGGAACAUUCAAAACAGCGUCAUCACAUCAUUGGGCAGUAUGUUGUGGGACCCCAAGGGCUUGUUCAGGAUACGGGUUCCAAAGAACAGGGUCUCUCCCCUUUUCUUAAGAAUUUCUACAAAAGUAACUAUGUCUGAACCAUUUAUGCACAUCCAUUGUUGCUCAUGGGAAAUUGCUUCCAGUUGUGGACAGUCAAAUAAGAACGAUGUCGAUGUUCAAUGUCUUUCUGGUGGGAAAAUGAAUCCUCCUUUUGGUUUCUUUGUAUAAUGAACUAGAUGCAGCAUGAUCUUAGCUGCUUUUUUUAUAUGAUCAUGGCUACCAGCAAGAAAAUGAUUGUUAUCA